AUGUCAUCCUUUGUUCAUGAGCUUGCACCUCCUCUUCACCCUCCAAAACCCCCAUCUCCCCCCGGACCCUGGUACACCCACUUCACAAACCUGAUCCUGCGCUGCCACGAAUGGAACGGUAAUCGACGUAUAUACAUCGAAUCUCUACAUAAGAAAUUUGGAGAAAGUAUUAGGAUUGGUGUGAGGGAAUUUGCGUUUUGUGGGUUGGAGGGGAUGAGGGGUGUUUAUGGUGGGAUUGGGGGUAUGGGUGGUGUGGUUGGAGGGGAGAGAGAAUUGGAUAAGACUGGUUUUUAUGCGCUUUUUAGGCAGAUGGGGGUUAGGACUACUUUUUCGACGGAGGGGAGGGGGGACCACAAAUAA